UUACGACAGUAAUUAAAAACCGAGCGUUGUUUUUUCGACGGCACAAUAAAAGAAUCAAACAGCAAAUACCUGGCUUCAGUUCACCGGUCCACUUCAAUUAAACAAUGUUUACCUUUCGAAAAAUAAUAUUUACGGUUUGCGUCGUCCUUUCGACGAUCGUCCUCGUCGAUUCCAAUGUCCUGAGGAACGACGCCUCCGAUGGCGAUGACGUCGAUAACGAGACCGUCGAUUAUUACGAGAACUUAAUCAACAGCGAAAUGGAGAAAGCGAUGAAAUUCAAACGGCCUACCAGCGCCAAAAUGCACGAACCCAACGAUACCCAAAUCAGAGAUUUCGGUUCGUUCGAUUUCAUCGUAAUCGGAGCGGGCUCGACGGGCUCGGUGAUAGCCAGCCGGCUGUCGGAGAUACUCGGCUGGAGAAUUCUGCUGCUCGAAGCCGGCAAAUAUCCCAACAAUUUCACCAUGAUUCCGGGAUUCUUCGCGGUCCAGGCGAUGACCGAAUAUAAUUGGGGAUUCGUCAGCGUUCCGCAGAAGACGGCGUGCUUAGGAGCGGUAGGGAAGCGUUGCGUCGUGCACAGGGGCAAAGGGAUCGGCGGGACGUCCCUUCUAAACCAACUAAUUUACAGCCGAGGCAAUCCGAUCGAUUACGAUAGAUGGUCGGAUCUGCUCGUCGACCCCACCUGGCGAUACGAAAACGUGCUGGGCUAUUUCAAAAAAUCCGAGGACUUCCACAAAACCAACCAAGAGGCGCCGCUCGAUUGGAACUACCACGCCGCCGGCGGCAAAUGGUACACCAGCUUCCACAUGCCGCCCAACAACCUCACCAAGAUCUUCCUCAAGGCUAACGAAGAAUUGGGCGUCAACGUCACCGAUUACAACGGCAAAGACGAAUUGGGCGCCACCGUUUUGCAAUUGAACGUGAAAAACGGCAGGAGGUACGACCAAGCCACCGCUUUCAUCCAACCGGUGAACUCCAGAGAAAAUCUAAUUAUAUCCCCCGAGAGCUACGUCAUAAAAAUAGAAAUUAACAACCAAACGAAGUUAACUACGGGAGUUUUGUUUACGAAAAACGGUAAACUAUACAGAGCGAAAGCGAACAAAGAGGUAAUUCUAUCGGCAGGAGCCGUUUCGUCGCCUCAAUUACUCAUGCUGUCCGGUAUAGGACCCAGAGCGCACUUGCAAUCGAACAACAUCCCAGUUGUGGAGGACCUCAAAGUCGGCUCGAGCCUCAGAGAUCACGUCUUCUGCGCCCUGCAAUUCUCCACCAACGUAACCACCCCGCAUUCAACCUUAAAGGGAUUAAUUACCGACUACCUCAAAGGUUACGGGGAUUUAACAGCGGGCAAUCCACUGGACGCAGCCGCUUGGUACCAAACGAAACUAGACAAAACCCCCGGCUACCCCGACAUAGAAAUCAUACCGACCUCCUUCACUCCGUCGGACAUCGGACGAAAAUUCCUGCAAUGGAAACCCGAAACGUACAAAGAACUCAACGGCAAACUGAACAAAACUUUCUCCCUCACCAUCGUCCUGCUGCGAACCCGAUCCGCCGGCACCGUACGAUUGCCCAGCAACAACCCCUACGCCUACCCGCUCAUCGAUUGCAACGCGCUCAGCGACAAGAGCGACAGAGACAUCGGCACGAUGUACGAGGGCAUCGAAAUGAUCAGGAAGCUCACGCGAACGCCGACGUUCGCUAAAAUCGGCCUCACACUGGAAACGCGACCGUUGUCGGCCUGCUCGGCGCACGAGUUCCAGUCGAAGGGCUUCUGGAGGUGCUACCUCAGGCAUCUGUCGGUGCCGGCCUUCCAUCCGGUGGGCACCUGCCCGUCGGGCGCGAGCCCCGCCGACGGGGCGGUGGUCGACGGGAAUCUCAAGGUGUUCGGCGUGGGGAAUCUGCGCGUGGUCGAUGCCAGCGUUAUACCGUUCACGAUGGCCGGCCAUCCCAACGCCGUGUGCACCAUGAUAGCCGAGAAAAUCGCCGACGAGAUCAAAUUCGAACGGAACGUGUUCGAGUGAAAUCGCACUCGUGCAAGAAUAUGACAAUUUUUUUUUCGUGUCUCUCUAUUAGCAUUUAAAUAAAAAGUUCUAAUUGUUACGUUUUUUAAUUUUU